CAUUAAAACAUCACAAGUUUCGGUCGCCGGUUGCAAGAUCUUCAUAUUAACAUAAUAAUUUUAAAAAAAACUUCAAAAUAUGCAUAAAAGAGCUAAAUUUAGUAAUGAUGAUCAAGAUAAAAUUAAUGUCCGAGAGCGAUUAAAUGAUAAUGUACUUGAUUUGAGCUUGAUGAACAUAACGACAAUUCCAGUGAAUGACAUAAAAGCUUUGAAACGUGCAACAAUAUUGGAUUUAUCUAAUAAUGCCAUAACGAUUAUUAACAAAAAUUUCACCUCGCUUGUACAGUUAACCAAAUUAGAUCUUAGUAAUAACAAGAUCCAGUUGAUAACAGAUGACUUCGGAAACCUUGAAAAUUUACGGCAUUUAAACCUUUACAGCAACAAAAUUGAGCGACUUCCAUUGAGUUUUGGUCGAUUGAAGAAACUUAAGUACCUCGACCUGAAAAAUAAUCCAUUAAAUCCAGCUUUUUCCAAAGUUAUUGGUGCAUGUUCCGAUCAGAGAGGAUGCAUUGAUGCAGCCCGCAAAGCAACUGCGUUUAUGGCAGAUGUUGAACGACAGGUUAUGGAAGAAAGACGAAAGGAACAAGAGCAAAAGGAACUAGAAUGUCGUCAACAGAUGGAAGCAACACUGAAGGAAACAAAUAGGGAAAAAGAGAGUGAAGACAGGAAGAAAAGGAAAAAAAAUAAAAGAUCUGCAACAAAUACUAUCAACAAGGAAAGUGAAAAACACAAUACUGGUUUGAAGUUAUUAGAAAAUCAUAAGUAUGAAAUCAAAUCGAGUAAUAUAGAUCAUAAUGAGCGAUCUAACACGAAAAAAAUCAUUUUUGUUAUAACAGCAGUUUUAUUUGCGUAUAUUUUUGUUGUAAAUUUUGAAACGCUUAUAGGCAUUUUGAAUUAGUUUGAAUGAAGCUUCAAUAAGAGUAUAUGGAAUAAUUUUUAUAGUCUUAAACAAUGUACAGAAUCUUUAAAAAUAUACAAUA